AUGGUCAUCCUCGUUAGGUAUCGAUGCAUUGAAGAAUAUGUUGAUGAAAAUGGAAAUGUUAUCGAAGAAGGCAAACAACACUUCACAACGCCAGCACCAGUUCGAGAAUUUACAGUGCAAAGAAGAAAACCGAAAAUGCAUCGAAUAAAUGGAGUUAAAAAUACGGCAAUUCCUACUACGGCGAGGACAACGAUAUCAAAAGGAAUUAAAGUGACAAUGGUGAAAAAGAGACGAAAAAUGAAAUUAGAUGGAGGAGGAGAAGUUACGAGUAUUUCUGAUUCCAAACCUAAACUUACUAGAGUUUAUGCACCUGCAACGGUACCCAUUUCAACGACUACGGCUUUGCCAAUAACCGAAAUUGCGGAAGAUGAUGGCUCUGCAGAUGCUACAAUUAUGAAGCAUUACUUCAAACCAAUGCAUGUUUCGACACAACUGCAACAGCCAAACAGAGUUAAAAUGCGAGAGAAUGCUACAAUUAUGAAGAAUUACUUCAAACCAAUGCAUGUUUCAACACAACUGCAACAGCCGAACAGAGCUAAAAUGCGAGAUGGUGAGUAG